AUGACUGUGACAUCACGCCAGUUGUUUGGAUAAGCAGGAAGUGAAUACGGGUAAAUUACAACAAACGGAGCGAGAGAUACGGCGAGGACAGUUACAGAACUAUAUAAAGCUGGUCAAAAAGAUAGCUGAAACUACCUGGACCCUUGAGCUCGGGACUGAUUCUCAACUGGAAAUAACAGCACGCGCGGAUCGUCAUGUCGAACAUGGAGAAGAAUUUGUUUAACCUCAAGUUUGCAGCCAAAGAACUUCAACGCAACUCUAAGAAAUGUGACAAAGAAGAGAAGGCAGAGAAGGCCAAAGUCAAGAAGGCAAUCCAAAAAGGUAACACUGAGGUUGCACGGAUACAUGCAGAAAAUGCCAUUCGCCAGAAAAACCAAUCCGUGAAUUUCCUCAGAAUGAGCGCCAGAGUUGAUGCGGUGGCUGCUCGAGUACAGACAGCGGUCACCAUGAACAAGGUCACCAAAUCCAUGGCUGGCGUGGUGAAGGGAAUGGAUGUUACCCUGAAAAGCAUGAACCUUGAGAAGAUAUCUGCUUUGAUGGAGAAGUUUGAACGACAGUUUGAAACUUUGGAUGUACAGACGUCUCAGAUGGAGGACACAAUGAGCAGCACAACAACACUGACCACACCACAGGGUCAAGUCGAUGCAUUGAUGAUGGAAAUGGCAGAUGAGACUGGGCUGGACCUCAAUUUGGAGCUUCCUCAAGGUCAGACAGGAUCAGUGGGAACCAGUGUUGCAUCUGCAGAACAGGACGAGCUCUCACAAAGACUGGCUAAACUCAGAGACCAGGUGUGAAGAAGACCGGCUGUGUGUUUGAAAGUGAAUGUUUGUAUGUUUGAGUGAUCGAGGAACAUGUCGCUGUUUACUGACUCCUGAUAGAAAUGGCUUCAAUAUUUUUUCCAUAUAUCAUUUUCUUGCGGUUGAAGGUGUGUAUGGAUGAAUUCCGCAGCUUUUAUCCACUCUAAAAUGCUGAAAUGAAACUGUUAACUGCACACCAAAAACUGAAAAACAAACAAAUGAAUAUGUUAUAAGACACUGCUGUCAUCGGUUUUGGGGGUCAGCUGUAUGUUUUCAGUCCCUAAUAACUGGGUUGAUUAUGUCGAGUGUAAUGUUUCUUCGUAAUAUUAUUCAUUUUAUUGCUUUCAUGUUUUAAUUAUCUGAUGUCUCUGAAAUGUUUUAUGCCAAUGUAGCUAUAUGUUAACAAACACCAGCAUUGGUAUCUAACAAAUGUGUUGGGUGAAUAUGUUACUUCUGCUUCUUUCUGCACAUUUUUGCCUCCAUGCUUAAGUUGAUUGUGGGAGUUUGUAACUUAAGAUGCAUGUUAUCAAAACUGUUUUGAAUCAUCUUUUCUGGGGGUAAAAGCCCUGUUUGUUUCAGACAUUGGUGGCCAUAUUUUAUCUUCUGGAGUCUUUCUGAAUAAAUAGCAUCUCUUUAUUUUCAAUUGUUUAUAUUUUGGUUAAAACCAAAAUUUAAAAUUGCCUUGGGCAAUAUACGGCUCUAUCCGCUGGUUCAGAUAAGAAAAUAAAUAUAGUGUGUAUAUAAUAAACAUUUUGCAAUUUC